CUCGUUCCUUUUCCACCAGCGCCCGAAACCGACGUUUCCCGCCGCCUCCAGGUUGCCGGCCAUGGACAAGGCACAGCAGCCCAGCUCGUUUCAGCAGCUGGAAAAGCUUGGAGAAGGUACAUAUGCUACGGUACGUCAGACCACCUCACUACCACCAUAACCAGAAUCAUUUGAACACUAUCAUUGAAUACUUCAUUGGACACUAUCAUUAAACACUAUCACUCGACAUUAUCAUUCGAAUACGAUAAGUGGGAUGGAUAAUAACGGUAUAUAGGUUUUCAAAGGGCGGAAUCGCCAGACAGGCGAGCUGGUUGCGCUGAAGGAGAUCCAUCUGGACUCGGAAGAAGGAACCCCCUCGACGGCGAUCCGCGAGAUCUCAUUGAUGAAGGAGCUGAAGCAUGAAAGCAUCAUGUCGCUGUACGAUGUGAUCCACACGGAGAACAAGCUGAUGUUGGUAUUCGAGUACAUGGACAAGGAUCUGAAGAAGUACAUGGAUUCGCGGAGCGAGCGCGGGCAGCUGGACCACGCAACGAUCAAGUCGUUUAUGCACCAGCUGCUCAAGGGGAUCGCCUUCUGCCACGAGAACCGCGUUCUGCACCGUGACCUGAAGCCCCAGAACUUGCUGAUCAACAAGAAGGGCCAGCUCAAGCUGGGCGAUUUCGGUCUCGCCCGCGCGUUCGGCAUUCCGGUCAACACCUUCUCCAAUGAGGUCGUCACCCUGUGGUACCGUGCCCCAGACGUCCUGCUCGGCAGCCGCACCUACAGCACUAGCAUCGACAUCUGGUCCGCCGGCUGCAUCAUGGCCGAGAUGUACACGGGUCGCCCCUUGUUCCCGGGCACCACCAACGAGGACCAGCUGCAGAAAAUCUUCCGCCUCAUGGGAACCCCCUCCGAGCGGUCCUGGCCGGGCAUCUCCCAGCUACCCGAGUACAAGUCCAAUUUCCACGUCUACGCCACCCAGGACCUGGGCGUCAUCCUGCCGCAGAUCGACUCCUUGGGCCUCGAUCUGCUGAACCGCAUGCUUCAACUCCGUCCAGAAAUGCGUAUCGGCGCUGCAGAGGCGCUGCAGCACCCUUGGUUCCAUGAUAUCCCCCAGGUGCAGGCCCAGCUGCAGCUGCAGCAACAGCAGCAACAGCAGCAGCAACAGCAGGCUGCCGGGGCGUAUGGCGGUAUGGCUGCCCCUCAACAGGCGUAUUAAGGUCCAGGACCCGGUAGAAACAAACGCUAUGUGAACGACGAUUUUUUUUGUUCUUAAUUCUCUGUCUUUUUUUCUUUUCAUGUUCGAACUCUGGCUUUACAAGCAUGUGGCGUUGAGUAAAUCGGAAACCAUCUUACUAUGCAUUAAUACA